CCUCAAGCACUCAAUUAUUGAUAACCUAAUUGGCCCAGUAUCUGAAAGGUUUAAAAAAUCGUGAUGACUUCGCAAUUGUUGGGGCUGCUUUCGCGCUGGAUUUUGGACAUUCAGGCCGUUAUUGCAGAACUGCAACGCGAGAGUGCAUCCUUCAACGGAUAUUCUCUUCCUACUUCGGCACCGAAUCUCCGGCGUAAUUGUGAUGGCGGUCAGCGCUUAAAGUGGACAAAGACCUUAGUCUUUACUAACUCCAAUCGCAAAAACUGCAAUAAAUGCGGAGUGCGGGGUCACACUUCGGCGAAGUGUUUGAGCGAAGAAGAGUGUUUCCUCUGCUGUAAUCGUGAUCACCGGCUCGGGAAGUGUCCAGAACUAGCGGCCCCUCUCUUUGAGUUUGAGGAUGAACCAGUUUCUUACCGGGAAACUUCGGAUAACCCUGACGUGCUUGCAACUUGCUCAAGGAGAGCCCCACUUAGCGAUUCUGGAAACUUGCCCAUCGCUGCUUCUGCUUCGGAAGUGUACCCUCUUCUUGACAUGGAGUGUCCCCCGACGGCGGCAGUCACGAAGGAAGCAACGGUUACAGCAUCCAUGCCAGUUUUUUCUCCACCAUUGUCGUCUAGCUUGUUAGCGACGGUUCUGCCACCACCUCCGGCGGAUUUCGAACCAUGCAGAUCCUCAUGGUUGGCAUGCGCUCCCCUAUUGGGUUCUCCCGUUGGCAACGCUGGGGGUACGUCAUCGGAGCCAGGUCUGCGCCUGGUUGCUGCAGCUUGUGAUCCUGGUCUUGGCAGUGAACCGUCCCGCAGCGGACGACAACCACUAUGCUCAACGUACGAUGGUACUUCUACUGACACGGAGAGUGGGCCAGCUCUAGCCGGUUGCAAUCUGCUAAAUUAUCAGGACUACAGCGAUGGAGACUAUUCCUCGGAUAGCACGUCCAACUCGUUUGAUAGGGUCGUUGGUGGCAGAGGAACGAGGCGACGACGGCGGCGGCGAAGAGAGGGUUCGUUGGGGUCUACCUCGUUCAGGACGAUGCAGAUGACUCGGCACGAGACCCUCAAAGAUUAUGCAAAACGGCUUGAAGAAGCCUUCCUGCAAGACUACCCCGGAAAAUCUGCCGGUACAAGCCGCCGACUUCGAGAUCAAUUCUUGGCUACUUAUCAUCAUGAAUUCGACAAAGAUGUUUCUUUUCUCGUGGGGCUAAAGUAUGAUAAAUUUGACUGGCGAAGUGUGAGAAAAUGCAUUUCAAUGUACUGUACUUGAAAAUUGGGAUGUAUAG